UUUCUUUUUUUUGUUCAUAUAGAAAAGUUGUUCUAUUCCUUUGUUUCACUUUACAUCGGUCUUUACCAACCAGGGGCACGCUGAUUCCUAGUGGUACAAGAGAAUACAUAAUACAAUUUUUAUUAUAUAUUAUGAUUGAACUUGAACUGCAUGCUGUUAACAAAGUCAAGUUAACUUUAUUUGUAUCGCCAAAAUUGCUGGAAGACCACAAAUUAUUAUGUAAUAAUGACUACUGUCACAUGUCAUUGAGCAACAUUUAAAGAAGCCACGCAGUAAUAUUAUGUGUAAAUUAACAAAUCCUAAAAUUAUUUUAAGAAAAAUGUUGUAUUAAAACAGCUCUGAGGCAGGACAGGGAAUAUUGAUCGGUUGACACAGUGGAUUUGACUACAGAUCUCUCACACCUCUGUGCAACAGUAUCUACAAGAGCAUUUUGGGUAAAUGACACACAGAAAAGAAAACCUUGAACGAUGAGCAGCGCGGGGCCUUGAUGGGGGAUGAGUUGGUAAAAAGAAUGGCUGGGGAGAAUCAUUAAGACGCCAGCUGGCCAGUGUGUGCAUUACAGGCAGUCAGACAAAGAGCCUCUGGCAGCCUCUCUGUAGUUGCAUGUGAGAGCUUCAAAACACCACUGCCUGGCUGAAGGAGGAGGGGGAGGGGAGGCUGGAGCACGCUGCCAUCAGCAGCAGCGUCACAUCCAAGCCUGAGAACGACAUAGUACAAAGGAGGGGUGCUGUAUAUAUCUGUAUAUGCAUAUAUGUCUAUAUAUACAUAAUGUAUGUACAGUACAGAACUGUUUCUAAACACAACACAAAGCUUUGUAUCAACCUAAUUAGGUCUAGUAACUCAUUAGGUCUGUUGUAAAAUCUGACUUGUGUGAUUGUGACUGACAUUGAUCUGAACCACAAAUCAUACCAUAGAGUCAUAUUGUCUUCAAAACUACAUAAUUAGGUUGAUGCGAAGGCUGUGACAGCUAAAUGGUAGAAGAAGUAUAAGGUCCAAUGCUUUAUAGUGGAGGCCCCUCUCCUCCCCCGUGCAGACACAUUUAUGGCUAUUGCUUCAAAACAAAGCUUUAUUUAAAUCUUAUGUUUUCCUAAAUUACAAAUAGAAACUACUGCCCUGCAGCAAGUGUAGAAAGCUGGUUCUUAUGUAUUUAUGUUUGAAGUUGGACUGGGUUACAUGUUUCCUCUAAGUUGACCAUAGGUAUGAAUGGGAGUGUGAAUGGUUUUCUUAGUCUCUAUAUCAGGCCCUGGGUUGGACAGGCCAACUGUCCAGAUUGUAGCCUCUCUAACCCGAUGAAUGAUGGAUUGGACUCCAGCUCACCCUCUGACCCUGAACAGGAUCAGGUGGCAGAAGACGUAGUGAUACUGAAUUGUUUUUACUCACUUAUUUUUAUGCUGAUGGAAGAGAGAAAAUAAUUAAAAAUAGCAACAUCAUUUUUAAAGGGAACUGUUCCUCUGCUGUGACUGAAGAUGCACAAACAGAAGCUACAGGAUUUCAUAAGCAGGAAAUAAUUAAUAUCUCUGUGGUACUGAGAGAGAGAGAGAGCGGUGGCAUCUCCAUGGAUGCUGAGGGAGGAGGGUGAUGAGCUGAUGAGGGGAGGGGCUGGGAGAGCAAGAAAGACAGAAAGCGAGGGGAGAGGCGGCCACUCAGACGCUGCAGGUUUGUAAGAGCAGGACUCAGAGAAGGAGGAGGAAGAGGAAAAGGAAGAGAGGAGGAAUCUAAGGGAGAGAAACGGUGUGGCUGCAGCGGGGGAGGAAGCUAAACACAGACGAACACAGAGACAGAGGUGAUACGGGAGGAGGAGGAAGAAGAAGAAGAGACUCAGACCCCACCCCACUGACCCAUGAUAGAAGCCAUGCCGGUGCUCACAGCAGGAGCAGGGCUUCAUGAAACACUGGCCCUGCUGACCUCACAGCUGCGGCCUGAUGCCAACCACAAAGAGGACAUGGUGUUCCUCAAAGAUGUCUUCAGUGAGAGGAGCCUUGCAUACCUUAUGAAGAUCCAUGAGAAACUACGGCAGUACGAGAGGCAGAGUCCUACACCGGUGCUCCACAGUGCCUCCUCUCUGGCGGAGGAUGUUACAGAGGAGCUGCAGAGUGGACCAAUGAGCUCUGAGGAGAAGGAGCUGCUGCACUUGCUCACAUCACCACAUCUCAAAGCCGUUCUCUCUGUGCAUGACAUUGUGGCUCAGAAGAACUUUGACCCCGUGCUUCCACCGCUACCAGACGACUUCGAGGACGAGCUGGAGGAGGAUUCUGUGAAGAUUGUGAGGCUGGUGAAGAACAAGGAGCCGCUGGGAGCCACCAUCAGACGAGAUGAAGCUACAGGGGCGGUGAUUGUUGCUCGGAUAAUGAGAGGAGGUGCAGCUGAUCGGAGUGGUCUGGUACACGUAGGAGACGAACUCCGAGAGGUUAACGGAGUCUCUGUGAUCCAUAAAAGACCAGACGAGAUCAGUCAGCUGCUGUCCCAGUCCCAGGGCUCCAUCACACUCAAAAUAAUCCCUGCAAUUAAGGAGGAAGAUCGACUGAGGGAGAGCAAGGUUUAUGUGAGAGCUUUGUUUGACUACAUCCCGUUAGAGGACAAGGCCACGCCCUGCCAGGAAGCAGGACUUUCCUUCAAAAGAGGAGACAUCCUGCAGGUCGUGACGCAGGACGACGCCACAUGGUGGCAGGCUAAACGUGUAGGAGACAGCAACCAGCGGGCUGGACUCAUCCCUUCUAAACAGUUUCAGGAGAGGCGACUGGCCUACAGGAUGAAAAUGGGAACUCUCCCGAAUCCAAAAUCCCCUAAAAAGCCUGACUACGACCAAGGAUGUGACAAAGAGGACUGUGACUGUGAGGGCUAUUUCAAUGGACAGUACAUAGUCUCUCCUAAGUGUAAAGCAGUGGCGCCCUCCUGUGGCCAGGUGUUUUCCUGGGAAUUUUAUUCAGCUGGUUUACGGAGGAGUUUUCGUCUGAGUCGUAAGGACAGACAGGGAUCAUCGGGAGAGGGUUCCGAUUCUGGAGACUCUGAUUUCCUGACGUAUGAGGAGGUGACACGAUAUCAGCAAAGGUCUAACGAGAGACCUCGUCUGGUGGUUCUGAUUGGUUCUCUCGGAGGACGCAUCAAUGAACUGAAACAGCGGGUGAUUUCAGAAAACCCACAUCGAUACGCAGUGGCUGUACCACACACCACCCGACCCAGGAAACCUCAUGAGAAGGAAGGGGUGGAGUACCACUUUGUUACCAAGCAGCAAUUUGACGCAGAUGCUUUGAACAACAAGUUCAUAGAACAUGGGGAAUACAAGGAGAAUCAGUACGGCACCAGUAUAGAAGCAAUCCGCUUUGUACAGGCCAAGAAUAAGAUGUGUAUAGUGGAUGUGCAGCCUGAGGCCCUGAAGAGACUGCGGACGGCGGAAUUCAAGCCUUAUGUCAUAUUUGUCAAACCCCGGGUUCCAGAGAGCAGACGCCGCCGCAGUGCUGCAACAUCACCAGGAGGGGGAGACCAUGGUCGCAUUACAGAUGAGGAUAUGCAGGAGAUGCGUCAGUCUGCUCUUCAGAUCGACCAGCAGUAUGGACACCUGGUGGACCGACACCUGAUCAAGGAGGACUCAGCCAGUGCCUGUGCAGAACUGCGAGGUAUACUGGAAAGGCUGGAGCGAGAAUCCUUUUGGGUGCCUGUGGGCUGGGUUCGGACCUGAACCGGAACUUACCUGUUGAGUCUCCUACGAGGAAUUUUGCAGCCCUCCUCUCCUGAAUGUCCAGCCCCCAUCUUUUAAUGAACACAUUUCUGUUUCCUCUCAGAGGACUGAGGGAUGACACACAACCACAACCUGAGGGAGCAAAGGGAGAGGAUGAUGUCAGUGACAGACCUCAUGUGGCGUUCUGUGGACUCCUCCAACUUUUUGACUGUUUGUCUGAAGAUCAGUCUUACCCACUAAUUUCCUGUGUUGUAGUUCGGCAGGUUUUCUUCAAAAUAUUUCAUCUUCAACCCUGGAAACAGACACAAAUACGUAAGUGUUUUUUCUUUCUCACACUGCGGUGUUCAGCAGAGCACGUCACGGCUAAAGUCCCCGAUCAUAGGAUCGUCGUCCGUCAACUUCACUCUGUGUCCUGUUGGGGUAGAUUCAGUAGCAUGUUUUAUUUUUGUACUUAACUGUAAUGCCAGUGGCAGACAGUUGUCUUGGUAAAUUUAGCAGGUCAUGCAUCUGAUCACAUUCAACAGGAAUAUUUACCAUAUGAGUUUAAAGGAAUGCUGUUCAAGGUUCUUUCUGCUCAGCUGUUUAUUUCGGAACAUUAAAAGGAAACAAUAUAUAUAUAUCGAAAGGGAAUGUGAGAACCUUAUUUUCUACCGUUUACUUUCUGUGAAAUGCAUGAAAAAAAGUGGUUAUUUAAUCUCUGGAUGUAAAUAAUGUAAAUGUUCCUCCUUCUCGCGUGCCAACGGAAAAUCUCGUAGCACUUCAAUGCAGCCUGUUCACCUUCAGUCCUGUGUGUUACACACUGCCGUGCACAGUCUGUGUGGAUUGAUGUGAUGGUGUGUGAACUCGUAGUCACGUUACGUGUCUUUUGCCUACAAGGAAGGGUUUUGUAGAGUUUCUGUGCACAUUUUCUAGACAGCAGAUGUGAGGCAGCCACUAACUGUAUUUGUUGUUGAAGGAAAGCAAAGUAAGUUGACUCUCAGGAUGAGUUCUUAGGUCACAGACAAGGUCAUUUGGGGUUAGAGCAGGCAUGGGCUCGGGGGACACAAUUAGUCCUAAAAUUGAACAGGGGGGCGGGGUCACGAGCAGAUAGAUGGAGCGUUCGUGUGAACUGAGAUAAAUUACAUGUAAAAGUCAUACAUAAAGGCUAAAAUGCUAAAAUGCUUUUAUCAUUUUUUACGCCACCUAGUGGGGAAACGUGGGUAAUGCAGAUGUAAUGAUAUAAAUAAAUGAUAUAAUUUUGAAGUUUGGCCGGCUGUAUUAAAACGAUGAUUGCCUUAUCCAGUCCCCGGGCCUUAGUUUGCCCAUGCCUGGGUUAGAGCUAUUUUGUAUUACAUGGUAAAGAUGUCAACUUAUGAAAAGGUCAAGGCCAGAUGUCCAUUUCUGCUUAUAUGAAACUUCCUGGAUGUCAGAGAACCUUCACAGACAUGACAUGGUAUGGUAUUCCUAUGUGAAAAAGUUCAAAUCCUCACUGUUUCUAAGCAUACAUGCAGUUAUACAUACUUACAUGCAGUGUAUCACUUUGCAUCACCAGGCAUGUAUGUUGACAGAUUACUGCAGGCCUCAGGCUCUGAACUGACCUAUGAGCCUGAAAAACACAUCCAGAGCGAGUCAACAAAUGUAGAAACAGUAAUUUAAAAGCGAUAGAAUAGAAUAGAAUAAAAAAAAGAAUAGAAAUAAAAUAAAUAAACUCAUCUCUUGUUUGUGGCACACAAUGAUGUUUACAGUUCACUUCAGUGUGGAACAGUUUUGAAAUGUAAUAGUUUUCUAUGUAAUAAACAACAUUUGGGGUGAAUUAGGAGGAACCUGUCACGAAGAAAAUGGAUUAGUUUCAGAAGCACCUCAAAUUUUAUGCAACUAAAGUCUCAGAUUGUUAUUGAUACCUGAUGGUUAUCACCUUAUAAAUAGCCCAAGACUUUGUGAUUAGACUUACAGAGCCAGUGUUACUAGAAACAACCAUUGCAAUGCCUUUUUUGUUAUUUGCAUCAGCACAAUAACAUUGUGUAGUUCUACUGUAGAGAGGAAAACAACAUAGACACUAGGCGAACCAAUGUGACCUGAGGAGAGUGACGUUCUUCAAACGCACAUCCAGAUUCCACUUAUUUACAGAAAACAUGCAAAGUGGUUCUGAACUUUUUAUGUACUGUAUGAGCUACAAAAAAGAAUGCUGAAUUGGUGAUGUAAUAUGUACAAAGUGCCAUAAUAAAGUUAGCUACAGUAUA